GGAAGGAAAAUGAGGAAACGCAAUUAUCGAGAAGCACGAGAGUGGAUGGAAAAUGCUGAGAAUAGUACGAACAACAAAUGAAUCAAGUUUCAUAUUGUCCAUCGUUCAAUUUUCCUGAGAAUUAACGUCCGGACCAGAAUUGCGUCACACUGAAUUUUUCAAUAAACCUUUUCCCCCAGUUUGCCAAAUUACCUUAAUCCGAUUAAAUUGCGAACGAGAUUUUUUUGACGAUGCAAACAUUCUCCAGCGUCUCGCAUGCUCUGCUUCCAUGCAAACAGAUUAAUAUUUACACAUUUAAUAUGUAUCAAUGACGCGAUCAACGACGACGAUCCCACACGAUGGAUUCAUCAAUUUAUGCAGAAUAAGCUUUGAUCAAUCUUUCGGGUACCGAGGGCCACGGGAGACUCAUGGAUCCAGUAAACCGGGGCAGUGCUUUUAGAAAGGGAUUCAACACUACGGAGAACUGGGACGACGAUGGAAAUUACUGCGGUGGUUAUGCGAUUCAUUACGAACUAAACAAGGGAAAGUGCGGCGUUUGUGGUGACAAUUACGCGGACGAGCGGCCAAGAGCUAAUGAAAAUGGUGGAAAGUACGGAACUGGAGUAAUCGUUGAAACAUACAAAGCCGGAUCCGAGUUCACAGCGAACGUCGAAAUAACCGCGAAUCAUCUGGGUUUCUUCACGUUCAAUCUCUGCCCACUGAAAAACUCGAGCGAUCUCGAAACCGAAGAGUGCUUCGCCAAACACAAAGUCGAACUCGUUCGUGGUGGUUACAAGUAUUUGGUAGAGACCCCAAGAACUGGCGAUUACUUGAUCAAACUUCGUCUUCCCAAAGGCUUGAAAUGCAAGCACUGCGUUCUGCGGUGGCAAUACACCGCAGGCAACUCCUGGGGCUAUUGCGAGGAUGGCGUCGCAGGAGCUCUUGGCUGUGGUGACCAGGAAACGUUCAGGACAUGCUCGGACAUCGAGAUCCAAUAGAAUUACAGAAACGCGACCGCUUGAUGUUCAAGGAUUCAUUCACAG